AUGAAUCAAUUUUUCUCGUCAUUUCAAAAAACGUGAGAUGUAUUUUUAUUUGAGUUUUUUGUUGUCCUAGGUAUCAAAUUUCAUUUUCUCCCAAUGCUUUUUCAUCAUUUUGUUUUUUUUUUUUUGGAAAAAAUGUUCUACACCGACAAAAAAACAUUUUUCUUCAUAUUUGAUCUACCUAAAAAUCAGUGCGCGAAAUGUUAAUUUUUUUUAUUUUACUUCUCAUUUUCAUUUUUUCCCAAUACUUUUUCCAACUUAUUUUUUUCCAAAAAUAAAUGUUCUGAAUAUUUUUUGUUACCCCUUCAAAAUAUUGGGACAAAUCAAAAAACCGGUCUGAUUUGUCUUGUUUCUUUUUCAUUUUCUUCUUCUUCUUUCCUUUUUCAUCUCGACAUUUAUUGUGGUUUUUUGUCAUUUGUUAAUUUGUGAUUUCAAAAUGAAAACUAACAUAAAAUAACCAAAAAAUCUGCCUGUUUUUCGUUUUUGCCUCUAUGAAAAAGUAGUAAUUAUCAUCUGCGUCUCUCCAAUUUUCUCAAUGUCUUUUUGAAAAUCGUAAAAACAACAAAAUUCCAUGGAGGUCGACUAUAAUUGCUUGGUUCUUUUUAUUUUUCUCCCAUUUUUAUCGAGUUUUGAGUUUUACGAGUUUCAUAAAUAGAUUUUUGAAUAACUUGGAAGUAGAGAAGUAAUUUUGAUUUUUUUCAAUCCGAGAAGCUUCAAAAAACUAAAUUUUGUUCUGAAUUUUCUUUUAAAAAAAUCCUGGAUUUUUUUCUAAAAUUUUUUUUUAAAACCUAGAAUUUGUCAGCUCCUUUGAUCUUUUGUGGAAAUCUUUGGUUUUCAAAGGUUCAAAUCUCCGAGUUCCCGGGGUUGCUCAUCAGAAUCUUCUCAGACUCCCCUCACAUUUUCCCCGAGAAGUACAGUAAGUCUUUGCGCGUAGUAUUCGAUGUAUGAAAAAUCUGCAAAAGAAUUUUCACGUUUAAUUUUUUUUAAUUCAGCGGUAUCGUGUUCAAUGCUCAUUUCUUGAUUGUUUUCAUUCAACUAAAUAAUUCGUCGAUGUGA